GUAUAUACUUGCGUUUGGUGUUGGAAACGUCAUUUUGUACAUAUUUGCAGUCAUAUUUUUUUAAAUAGGCUUUGUGAUUUUCAGCAGUGGAGUGGUAGUUGUAGAUUCGUUGUUUGAAGGACACCAGAGGCAAAAAAUACUUUUAGUACUUUUAGCAUGGUGACCAUUUUAAACGUCGAAUCAAAUCAAAGCUCAAAGCUCGCUUUACGCGUUAACAUUUACUUUACGUUGUUUGGUUCUGUACAUAACCACAUACAGAAAAAAACCUUUUCCAAUUUUAUUGCUUUAAAAGCGAGUAGAAUUUGUACAUAUGUACACAUUUUCAGGUAAGUACAUCAUAGAUUCUCGAAAAAAUAUUGUCUAAUAAAUAUUGGAUGCGCCAAAACUAAAGUAAGACACCUGCGUCAUAAAGCAUUUAUUCAGCAGACCUUCAUCUCACCUCCAUAAGACCGAUCUUCUUAUGAUUCCAAUCCGAUCGAAACAAAUUAAAGCUAAGUGCAGGCAUGAAUUUCGAAAGUAUCACAUCGAAGGUAAGACAUUUCAUGGAAUAAUUAUUAUGUUGUUACUAACACAUUCUGCAACCACAUUAAACUAAACUUCGAAUUAAACGAUGCUUGAUCAACAUAUUUUUCAUCUGCACUUUUAACGUUUCCUGUUAGCUAACUCACUACUCUGUGAAAUUAACAUCACUACUACUUCUUACUAUUGAUUAUCUUUGCAACAAAAAUUUUGUAACAAUUUUCAUUUGAUUUCAAAACAAUGAAAGAAAAAUCGGGUUCAAUGCUAGAACAUGUGCUUAAGAAAAAAUUGAUGUAAAAUAAUAUUACGAAAUGAUGUACAAACAUUUUGUUUAUAUGCUUAAUUGUAAAUAUCAUUGAUGAAAGUAGAAUAGUUUAGAACUUAAUGUCCCGUUCCAUGCUGCUAUGUUUUUAUCAGAAGAAAUAAGGUAUGCUGCUUUUGGUCUACACAUUUACUAAGUCUGUGUAUACUAACUGCAACUGGUGUAAAGUCAUUAUCUAUAAUAUGUGGGGAUAAUUUUGUGUAUCUUUCUCGUAUGUGCUUUGAUUGUUGAUAGUGAUCGAGGUACCUUGGGUGAACUAAAAAAUUACUUAUUACUUAAUGUAUAGCCAGAUUACCAUAUCAAGCAAAAAGUAGAUUAUCUAUGUGAGAUACUUCUAUCACUAUCAGUAUUGUUACAGAAUACGCCAGGUCCUGAAACAAGCAUAACAUGACCAGCUUUUUUCUACUUGAGCUUGUCUACUAGUCAACCUGUUUGCCACUUUCCGUUCAAAAACAUCUGCUAUUUUUUUUUCAUUUAGAGAUGAAACAGUUGAAAUACACAGGAUCCAAUGUAUUAUGUAACAAUACCGCUAAGUUUAUAUAAUUUGAUUUGAAACUAAUAGUAGUCAAUAUUACAGGUACUCAAUCCUCUAGAUGCCAUAUGCGACAAGCCAAGGGUUGAAGCCAUUUGUGUGAGUCAAUUGCAAAAUGCUAAGAAGAUUGACGAAUCAAUCCUGCAAGAACGACCAGAUGUGAAGAUAUUCUUACCCUUCCGAUUUUUGUUCUACAAACCAGAAGAAUUGUUCAAGCCCAACACAUACAACAGAUUUUUAGCUGCGCCCGGAGGUGACCACGUAAUAAGUUUGAUAGACGAAAUCUCCUUCAAAUUUCCACCGUCUCCACCACUGUCUCAAUUGGAUGACCUUGACCAGGAUAUGUUCUGCAAUGGAGAUAACAGACCCCCAAAUUGCGGCAAGGACUGUCAGUGCGUGCAUACUGUGGACAUACCACUGAAUGCCAUAGUAGAAGUGGUCCUAGUGGACGAGGUUCAAUCUCCCAACCUAAGUCAUCCAUUCCACCUUCACGGCUACUCAUUCCACGUGGUGGGUAUUGGUAGAUCCCCCGACCAAAACGUAAAGAAGAUCAACUUGAAACACGCUUUAGAUUUGGACAGGAAAGGACUCCUACACCGGCACUUUAAGUUGCCUCCGUUGAAGGACACAAUUGCAGUACCCAACAAUGGAUACGUGAUCUUGAGAUUCAGGGCGGAUAAUCCAGGUUUCUGGCUGUUCCACUGUCACUUCCUUUUCCACAUAGUCAUCGGGAUGAAUCUGGUAUUCCAUGUUGGGACUCAGCAUGACCUACCACCUGUUCCAGAAGGCUUUCCGAAAUGCGGGGAUCAUUUACCACCGAUAAUGUUCUUAUAGAAGUGACGUCACAGUUCGUGCGUAGAACGGAAUAAUUGCAAAAUGUAGAGAUGCAUCUUUUAGUUCUCGUAUAUCUGAUGCAGAAUUAUUUGCUUGCAUCCAGUCAGUAUGACAUAUUAGCAGAGUUCCAGUCAUUUUGGGAUUCCGCUUACUCUUAACGCAAAGCUACCAGAUGGCCCUAUUUAAUAACAAACAAAAGGUGGUACCUAAAACGGAUACGUCAAUAAUUUGGAAAGGCGAUUUUUUAGUAACUACUUUCGCUGUGUAUACGACUAAGUUGGUAAAACCUUUUGUUUUUUCCACUGAUGCCGGUACACUUCUGAGACAUUUUGCAAUUUUUUCGUAAAUAUUCAUAGUUUAGCAAAAAGUGCGUGUGUGUUUGUGGAUAGACCAUUUUUACAUGUGUUCAGUUUAUCAAACAUUUUUACGUUCUCGUGAUAGUGUGAACUUGCCAUUGGCGUUUUUUUAUAGAUGGACAAUAUAUUUUUUUAAGUGUUUUGUAUUAAGAUGUUGUUAUUCUUGUACAAAUUAGAAAAUAGAGUAUUUAUUCAUUUCGACUGUACUGUCCACUACACAGAGGGGAGAUUUUUAUCAGUUAGACGGUAAUUCCAUUCCAUUUCUUCCACCUUCAUAAUAGUUUAUAGGAGUCCAAGUUCAUUCGUAUUUUAUAGUUCGGGAUUUUUUUUGGAGUUUACUAUAAACACUUCUUGAUGCUUUUCACACUGGACUGCUGAAGUCAGUAUAAUUAUGAGUAUUUUCAUUAACUAAUUCAGAGACCUUGCGUUUUCAAUUAAAUCCAAGAUCUAAAUCGUAUUUGGGUGAAGUAGUCAAUUUUACUAUUACAAUCAGUUGCCCCAGUAAAAUUUUAAAAAGUUACGAUUGUCUGAUUCCUUGCAUCUGUUGUAGCCAGUGGACAGUAGGCGCAUAUUCGGGUAGUUGUGUAUAUUUUACUUUUGUUGUACAUAAACUUUGUGAAAGAUUUAAAUUUUUAUACUUACGUUGCUUUUCACUUAUACCUACCCAAAUUCCCUCGAAUAUCUAACUGUGAAAUCUGAAACAGUUCACAAGAAACUCUUGACUUUGUCUUUGAAGCUACGACAGUAAUGUCAAGGUAAGGCUGAAUCUGCCCAAUAGAGAAUGUUUUGAAGGGUAGUAGACUUGUCUCUCCACGCCUUAUUCUUGGUGUCAAGGAAUAAUUUUCCCCUUAUAAAAGAUAAUAAAAAACUGUUUUAAAAUUAAUUUAGAUACACACAAUAUAGGCGGAUUUCAUAUUUUAAAAAUUAUAUAUUCGAGGUGCCUCCUAUUUCGAUCGAAACACCCC